CGUCGUUGUGUUUCUGUGGCAAUCACGCACACGAUGACUUACAGGCCCUAUUUUUCCUGCAUCUUAUGAAUCUGAAACAUAUCUUUUCCCCCCAGCUCCACGCUCAGUCAGCGAUCCCGUCAAACAACAGGGUUCAGCUGGGGACCGAGAAUAUUAUAAUUCUUUCGGCGAGAUGUUUCCCCAAACGGUUUGCGGGAACCGUUUGGAUAUCGGUUCAUAGGAGUUGUUUUAACGAAACCCCACAUGCUUACCGAGUCUUACUGAUGGAUAUCCGCCGCCAAUGCUUGCGCAAGCCUUCUGCAGUCAAACCCAAGGAUACAAUCACUGGCUUAUCCCAGGAAAUCCUCGAGAUGGUUCUGAACCGGCAUUCUGAACAGUCAGUUACGAGUAUCUUUACCGCCGAGCUGCUGGGCUCUGAGAUAAAGGACGCGAUGUUCGUGAUUGUGUGUGGUUCAGGCGUGCAGCACCUUCACCUUGAUCGAAUCCCGGAACUCUGGAUCAAUCUAUUUUGAUACUGGCCCGCUAGCCAGAGCUGCAUCUCGUCUGAUCUAAUCUGGCGUUUGGUGCGUUGCGCUUGCGUGAACGGCCACUGACGGCAAGCCCUAGGUACGGAAUUUCUACGCAGAGCCAGGAUUUCUCGAACCAAAAUUCUCAUCAGCGGAGCAAGAGAGGGGUGGUCUUUUUUUUUAUUCUUGUUAUUUUUGCUGUUGGUGCUCGCGUUUGAACUAUCGGCUAGCGGCAGCGUCCAAGACCAACUGUGUGCAACAUGCAGGCAAGAGGAUGCAGCGAGCAGAGCAUGGGCGUAGGACCACUACUGCAACUAAAAAGUGGUGUAAAAACUGCUGUGUUGCCGGGACCGUUGCAGAUGUGGGGCAUCUUCGAGCUCUCGGUGGGCUCAUUGUCAGUACGGAAUUGGUUCCUCCCCGGCGCGGCUCGGGUCCGGUUUACGUUAACGAUCCUCUGUCGAGGCGCUUGGAAGCAAAAAUUCCGGAAAGAGGAUGAGCACAAAAAGGAGGAUAUUCUGGAGAUGUGGAGAUAUCAGAAAGCCAGUGCCAUCUCCGUAUCGACUUUUAUUUUGCGGCUCCAGAUGGGCCAGGGAGACCGCGUACUCGAACGUCGCCAGGUUGAACAAGCCGACUCCAAGAUCCCUACCUGCCUGUCCUUUGGUGAGCCUAGCUCCCUGGUCGUGUGCGGCGUCUAUCUCCCACGCAAGUGCGCGCCUACGAAGAGAUAG